CAGUCCUCCAGAUUUGCCCCGCAACACCACCCCGUGACGCAACACCACUCAAUGUCUUCCUCGGCGGGGUAAAAGAUGCACCGUCAAGUCGCGGCCUUUGAGCCUCACUCGGCAGACCUUCCUCCGCGCAGUCUCACGCGUCUAGAUACAUAAGUGUCGACCUCCGACUCCGACUUCUUACUAUACAGACUGCAAAGUAUCUGUCUUUUUUAUAAUUGACAACUCUUUCACAAGCUUCUAAAGCAUACAUCCUCCCCCAAAGAACCGCCAAAAUGUCCAUGUCCGUCGAAGAAUGCCAGACGCCGCGCGCCGGUUUCCCCAAACCCGUGCCCGACACGCCGACAAACGUCAUGCAACAAUUCAGCAUGAAAGGAAAAGUCAUCGUCGUCAACGGUGCAGCCGAAGGAAUCGGCGGAGCUGUAGCUGACGCCAUGGCCGAAGCAGGCGGCAACGUAGCCCUGUGGUACAACUCCAACAGCGCCGCCAUAACACGCGCAGAGACUCUCGCAAAGACACACAACGUAAAGACAAAAGCCUACAGCGUGAAUCAAAUCGACGCUGCUGCAGUCCAAAAAGCCGUCCAGCAAGUUGUUGAGGAUUUUGGCCGCAUCGACGUCUUCGUCGCCAACGCCGGCACAGGAGACAGCAAGCCUCUCCUCGACCAAACCCUCGAAAGCUACCACAACCUCAUGAAAGUCAACGUCGACGGCCCCGUUUUCUGCGCCAAGUACGCCGGCGAGGUAUUCAAAAAGCAAGGUUUCGGCAACUUGAUCCUCACCAGCUCCAUCUCAGCACACAUUGUCAAUGUACCCAUCGACCAACCUAUCUACAAUGGUACAAAGGCGUUUGUGUCGCAUUUGGGCAAGUCGCUAGCGAGGGAGUGGAGAGAGUUCGCGAGGGUUAAUAUUGUGAGCCCGGGGUUCUUUGAUACCAAGAUGGGGGCUGGGCCGCAGGUUAUUAAUGAAGGGUUGAGAAUGAUUCCGCUCGGAAGGCAGGGUAACGUUAAGGAGAUUAAGGGAUUAUUCUUGUACCUGGGCAGCGAUGCCUCAAGCUAUAUGACAGGAAGUGAUUGUAUUAUUGAUGGUGGGUAUGUAUUACCCUAAGUUUGGGGUGAGUAGCGAGGAAAGAAUUGAUACCAUGUCUGCUGUUCAUGAAAGAAAUAUCUUCAUCGACUUCGUUAUUACAUUUUCAGUUGUCUACACUCUUGCAGCUUUUCAAACAAGUGAUCAGACGGAAAGGUUGAAAUUAAAAGGUCUAUGUGCUCGCUAAGCCCAGAUGAAUAAGAAAUUAAAAAUACAAUGAGAAUUCU